AUGGCCCAGGCAACGCAGGACGAUGGCAUGACGAAGGUUCUUCAGAUGAUGGCGCAGUCUCUAACAAAGCUUAAUGAGACAAGCCGGAGCUCUACUCUAGUCUAUGCGUCCCAGCUGCCUCCGUAUCCUGCAGACAGUGUCCCAACGUUCGACGGCAACAAUGUUACCUUGUUUUUAGAACGUUUUGAAGAUAUGGCCAAGUACUACGAGUUCACUAGCAAAAUAAUGAUUGAACGUCUAACUGCCCAUUGUAAAGCCAAGCAGAGGGCUAUCAUCCAAGCUUCUGAUGAGUACGAGGAGUCUCUACAAACAGCGGACUGGUCGACUCUCCGAGCAGCUCUCAAGAAGAGGUUUCGCACCAAUGACAAGUACCAGCAAGAGGUUAGGGCGGAGUACUUCGAGCACUAG